AUGGAUGGACUCGACGCCAACUAUUUAUACUCGCUCAAGCUCCUUUCCGCGGCCAAAGAUGGCUCCGGGACGUCGCUUGUCAUAGUCGAUGCUUGCCGUGGUGGGUUACGGGAUCGGCCUUUUCUGCCCAUUACAAGGAGCUUGGCGCUGGACAAGCUGGUUGAUGCGAUGAGGUCAAACCCUCAAGCAGGGAAACAUACCAUCUGCCGUUCCCGGGACAGAUCCUACAUGAGACCAUGGCUCGGGACUUUUAUAGAAAAUCACCUGCGAGAGAAGCCUAUUGCUAGAGGAGGCUGGCAUCGCAGCAUCGCCGUCUGA